CUCGUCUUGAGUAAUGGGUUUCUGGAGCUCUUGGGAAAGUAUUUGAUAUUACUUUAAGAUUAAAAAUAUUCGCUAAGCUCAUCUAGUUUGCGUAUUUGAAUGCACUAAUGUUCUUUUUUGUUUCAGAUUAUUCUGAAAUAUCUCUCACCUUUUCUUCACACUCAUAAUGCCUAAAAAGAAUCGACGUACAUUAUUGUGUGAAUCUUUUUUGAAACAACGAUAUUCAAGUGAAACUUUAGGAAAUGAAAGUGAAGAUAGUACCUCUGAAGAAGGGGAAGAAAUGGAGACCGAAUUAAACAAUAUCAAUAUUGAAGAUAAAGAAAAGAUCGAUUUCGACAAGCCAAUAUUUCUGAAUGAUAUUGGUGAUAUCUUCCGUAAGUGACUCUGUUAAAUUAAGCACCUGGAAAGAUCACUUUCUUCUUCUUCUCUCAAAACUUCCAAUGGAAGUUCGGAAAAAGUCUUAAUCAUUUUUAAUUCUCUUUCAAAAUUUAGAAUUGUGUAAAGCGUCCUGUCCUCUCAAAUACUUAAGUGUAUUAGUCUAUACGACCUUACGGCAUGUUGGUCUAAACUGGCAGCAAUGUGAUGAUAUUUUACGUCCAAUGGGUUCAUUAUUAAGUGAAACAUCACAAAAACACACCGAAGCCUUCCUUUUUGGUGAUUUCAAAGAUUUUACGAGUGAACACCGUGGUGGCAAACAUACUAGUGCAUUUUUUGAUGAUUUUCCUGAAAUUGAAACUGAAGCUAAAGUUUAUACGCUUACCCGGUGUUCUGAUAAAGCAGCAAAUUUUAGUAUUAAUGAUUUAGCGAGAUUUAUCGAUGAGAAAUAUUAUGAAACAACUGGAACAACAAAACCAAAAGAUAGUGAAUUAAUUAGAUCGGAAGCUUCAGUUCGUCUGGAUUUACGACGUUGGGGAGCAACUUUUCGUGAGAAUGGAGCACGUCCAUACUGGGAGGGCCAUGAAAGAGCAGAUGUUGUCAAAAGUCGUGAAACAUUUAUAAAUUAUUUUUUGGAUAAUAAACAAAGUUAUUACACAGUCAAUGAUAACGAAAACUUACCCGGUUGGAUUAAACCUGAGAAAAAGCCAGGUCGAAUCCUUAUUUGUAAGAGAAGUUUUUUGUUUAGACCACAGUGAGUUAAUUUCGUUUAAUUUCAAUUUUUAGUCCAUGAUGAGUCGACAUUUCGUUCGGGAGAGAUAGCCAGUCGUCGUUGGUUUUAUGGAGAUCAGGCACCCUUUUACAGUAAAGGCCGCGGCCGUUCUAAUAUGGUAUCGGAUUUCGUCGUCCAGCAUCACUCUGGCCCCUAUUUCAAUUUAAGUGAAAAGGAAAUGAAACGAGCUGUGAAAAAGUAUCCUCAGCUGGCAGCAUCAACAGAUCUUGAUUAUGUUCCACGUACAGCCACGGCUUCUCUUCACAUAGGAUAUGAUUGUUACAUGGAUAACGAGGCCGUUCUUGAUCAGUGUGAGCGUAUCUUUCAGAUGAUUGAAUUCAAAGAAGCAUAUCGUGAUCACUCAGUGGAAUUCAUCUUUGACAAUGCUCGCACUCACACAAAAAAGUCUCACUCUUUAAGUGAUUUCAGUAAAAAUAUUGGCACUAAAUGUGCAAUCGAUCAAAUUCAGUGAGUGUUUUUAUAAGAAUUACUUCAGGACUUUUUAUUGUUUCUCAAAAGUUUUGAUUUCAAUUAAUUGCACCAAUCUUCUCCCCAUUCUAGAUAUAGAGAUUCAAAUGGAAAAGCACAAGUUUUAGAUUGUUUUUUCGUGAACGGACCAAAUCGUGGUUUAAGUAAAGGCUUGGCGGUGCUUGGAAAAGAGUUGAAUGUAAGAAAUGCUGAUCGUCUGACAUUACCAGAAUUACGCUCUCAUCUUGCUGAUCAU